AUGAGGGACCUUCUUCACAUCAGCCAUCCCCAUGGCCAUGGGAGGAGCAGCAGCAGAUUCUUCGUCGUCGCCGUCGUGUCCCUCACGCUCGUUGCAGCUCUUCUCGCGGCUUUCCACAUGCUGACCACGACGAGGAUCCCAGCUGACCGGCGGCCGCUUGGUUCUCAGUCUCACACGUCAGCCCGGCGAGGCGAGGGCUGUGACAUUUUCCGGGGCGACUGGGUGCCGGACCUGGACGCGCCCUACUACACCAACGACACCUGCCCCCCGGGGAUCAUCGACGAGCACUACGACUGCAUGAGGUUCGGCAGGCCGGACCUGGGCUUCCUCCAGUGGCGGUGGCAGCCCGCCGGCGACGGCUGCGACCUGCCCCGCUUCGACCCCCGCCGCUUCCUGGCCUUGAUGAGGGGCAAGACCAUCGCCUUCGUCGGGGACUCGCUGGCCAGGAACCACAAGGACUCUCUCAUCUGCCUCCUCACCAGAGUCGCGAUGCCUACCAUAAGCUCGCCGAGAGAGAAGCACACGGUGUACUACUACAGGGAGUACAACUUCACGGUGGCCAGCUUCUGGGUGCCGUACCUGGUGCGGCACGAGAUGAUCGAAGACGACGGGCCGAUGCACACGGGCCUCUGGAACCUCUACCUGGACGAGCCGGAGGAGGUGUGGGCGACGCAUGUGGCGGAGCUCGACUACGUGGUGGUGUCGGCGUCGAGCUGGUUCUACCGCCCGUCCAUGCUGUACGAGGCCGGGCAGCUCGUCGGGUGCCACCACUGCCAGCGGCCCAACGUGACGGACCUGACAAUGCGGUACGCGCUGCGCAUGGCCACGCGGGCCGCGUUGCGGGCGCUCUCCGGCGCCGACGGCCGGUUCCGCGGCACGGUGCUGCUGCGCACCGUCGACCCGUCGCACUAUGAGGGCGGGGAGUGGAACAAGGACGGCAACUGCCUUCGGAGGGCGCCGCACCGACGCGGGGAGAAGAUGGUCGAGGGCUUCGAGCUCGACUUCCGCGCGCUGCAGGUGGAGGAGUUUGCGGCGGCGGAGAGGGCGGCGGCCGGCGGGGUGAGGGUGAUGCUGAUGGACACGACGGAGGCGAUGAUCCUGCGCGCGGACGCGCAUCCCAGCAAGUACCGCGCCUGGACGCCCGACCCGCUCAUGAAAAACCAGGUGUACAGCGACUGCGUGCACUGGUGCCUUCCGGGGGCUAUUGAUACAUGGAACGACAUGCUGCUCCAUAUGCUGCUCAACGAGUGA